CUAGCACGGCACGACUUUUAGACAGCAAAAAAAGCGCGCUGCGCACGCUGCCGCACCGAACGCUUAGCGCAUUCGUCGUUUGCAUUCGUGCCGCUCGCGACUAGACAAAAACCGCGACUUCCGGAGACGGCAGGACGCCAAAGACCACAGGCUGCUCUCACCAACAGUGCGCGCGCGCCCGCUGCGACGAGUGCAGCGAUCAGUGCAGACGCAGCGCUCGAAUCAUGGCCGAGAACCCGAACCCGCCCCACAACCCCACGGGCCGGCCCUCGAAAGAAGCAGCAUCGCCGCCGAAGAAGUACGUCCGGGGCCCCGACGACGAAAUAUAUAAGAGAAAAAGAGAAAAAAAACCGCCGAAACCGCCCGACCUAUCGAAGGACCUCCAACAGAUGAUGUACGGCUUCGGCGACGCCCAGGAAGUGGACGCGGAAUCGGUGGAGAUGGUCGAGCGGUUGGUGCGACAGUACAUUGACGAGCUGCUGGGGGAGGCGUCUGCUAUUGCCUCAAUACGACGGUGUCCCCUGGACUCGGGGUGUCUGUUGUACGCCGUGCGCCACGACCGCCUGAAAUUUGAGAGAGCUAGACGAUUACUGGAGAUGAAGGAAGUCAUCCGAGACGCGCGGAAGAAGGCCGACGAGGUAGAAGACGUAGACUGAGUAAUUGGUAGAAAC